AUGCUCCAGUACGAGAGAGCCCCGUCCUCCACAGUCAGCGACAUUAACUGCUACUCACCAGCAGAGGGCGACAAUAACUGCUACUCACCAGCAGAGGGCGACAAUAACUGCUACUCACCAGCAGAGGGCGACAAUAACUACUACUCACCAGCAGAGGGCGACAAUAACUACUACUCACCAGCAGAGGGCGACAAUAACUGCUACUCACCAGCAGAGGGCGACAAUAACUGCUACUCACCAGCAGAGGGCGACAAUAACUGCUACUCACCAGCAGAGGGCGACAAUAACUACUACUCACCAGCAGAGGGCGACAAUAACUGCUACUCACCAGCAGAGGGCGACAAUAGCUGCUACUCACCAGCAGAGGGCGACAAUAACUACUACUCACCAGCAGAGGGCGACAAACUGGAAAUGCUGUGA